CGUCGCCUCUACGCCCGACUCGACUCCGAUGACGAGGCCACCUCCGACCUCUCGGACGAGGCCUUCAAGGCCGGCCUCGCCUCGCCGCCCUCCAUUGUCUCCAGCCUCCGGGCUCGUUCACUCGUCCAGCGGCUUCAUCGCCUAUUCACCAGAGCCCUUCGUCAUCGCCUCUCGCCGCUCUUCGCCAAAAGCCAUGACGACACAACCGCAGACAGCUUCGAAUUGCCCGACUUGGCCAACCCGCCCACAGCGGAGAAAUGGAGGACACAAUUGGAACAGGUCAAGUCGACCGUCUACUCGCACGCUUCAAAUGGCGAUUUUGCCGACUCUGAAAGGGAGUUGGAUCAUCGGCCGUUGCUCGACCUCUUUCAUCAGUUCACUCGACACUCGUCGCAUGGAAAAAGCGACACCUUUCACCCCAACGCCAAGUUCACGCCCGUCUUGUUGGGUCGAGUCGCCGAGAAACGCGUAAACCGGGAGAUGUAG